CCCACAGGACGCACCUCCCCCUCCUGGGCCUCACCGCUUUACGAUAGAGCGAGGCUCCUGCGACGUGGGCGGCCGUAAAUUGCCCCCGCCGCCCCCCGCCCCUGGCCCGCGCGAUGGCUGGGCUGGUCCCGCGGGUGCGCUACCUUGCUAACCUCUGCAGCCCGGCCCGGGGCCCAGCAACCGGCUGGCCCCACGUGCGCAGCCUCGGGUCUGAGAUCUUCGUGUGCACCGGGGGCCGCCUCGUCUACGUCUACAACCGCGAGGGGGCGCUGCUGACCGCUGCCUACGAGUUUCCUGCGCAGGUGUGGCACCUGGAGCUGCUGGACCGCCGUGGGGCUCUCCUGGUCCUGUGCGCAGGGAGGGGCCUGUAUUGCUUGUGGCUGGACCGGGUGAGCAGACAAGCAAGCCAGGACGCUGGGGACAGUGCCAGCGAACUGCCUUUGAUCCCAGUGGAGCCGGCUGCCUGCAUCUUGCCUGAUACUGCCCUGUGCACCUUCACCGCCCUGGAGGAUGUGCUGGUCACCUUGGCGCGGAGCCCAGCCCGCUGGAAGAUGCAGCUGUUUGAGGCUCCCACUCCCGGGAAGGACCCUGGGCUAGAAGCCCCGAUCGGCGAGGUGGAGUUGUCCACCUGCACCCCUCUAGCCAAGGAACCUGGAGGCCCCCCCUUCCUCCCAGUACUGUGCUGCACGUCCCUCCCAGGCUCCAGGGUCCCACACAGCUUUGUGCUGGAGGAGGGCCUUUUUGGGCUGCUCUUCGGAGCUGAUGCCGCCCUCCUGCAGUCUCCCAUGAUCCUCUGUGGCCUGCCUGAUGGCCAGCUCUGCUCUGUACUCUUGAAGGCCCUGGUCACCUCCAGGUGGGCCCCCACUGACCCCCAGGCACUCAUCAAGAUCCUCCACCACCUGGAGGAGCCCACCAUCUUCAUUGGGGCCUUGAGGACAGAGCCAGGGGCCAAGGACAUGCCAGACAUGCCCUGUGACUGCCUGGUGGCCCUAGGUCACCAUGGCCGAAUGGUGGCCAUCAAGGCUGGUAGGGAUGAAGCGGGGAGUCUGGUUCCUGAGCUGCGGGAGUACUGCCUCCCAGGUCCCGUGCACUGCGCGGCAUGUGGCGGGAAUGGCCACCUCUACCACAGUACCCCCUCCGGCCUCUGUAUGGUGGGCUUGGCUCCAGAGGACACCCUCUGGGAGGCUGAACAGCCCAGCAGGGGCCCACCCAGCCUGCCCCCUACACUGUGUCCUGCCAGCCUGAGAGUGUGCAGCCUCGCCGCCUUCUGUGUGUCACCACAGAUACCAGAAGGUGACACGGAGCUCCUGGCCCUGUCCACCAAGGGCCACCUGAUGAUCUGCAGCUUGGUCCUGAGCCCGGAGACCCCGCACCACACUCAGGCAGUCACGGCCAGUGUGGGCCACAAAAUCAAGGAACUGCUCUCUGGGAUCGGCACCAUGUCUGAGAGAGUAUCUUCCCUGAAGAAGGCAGUGGACCAGCGCAACCAGGCGCUCAAGUGCCUGAAUGAGGCCAUGAAUGUGAGCUGUGCCCUGCUGUCCAGCAAGGAGGGUCCGAGGCCCAUCUCUUGCACUACCAGCACAGCCUGGAGCCGCCUGCAGCAGCGUGAUGUGUUCACGGCCACCUGUGUGCUGGAGAACCACAGUGCCUUCAGCCUGGGCAGAGGCUGGGCCCUGUGCAUCCAGGUGGGCCCCAGCGCAGGAGCCUGGGAGCUGGACACUGGUGUCACGGCCGUGACCUACACUGUCCCUGUAGACCAGCUUGAGCCAGGGGGCCGGCGGGAAGUAACGCUGCCCCUGGCUCCGGGCGAGGACAACACGCUGGGCCUGCCACUGACCGUGGCCUGCGCACUCUUCUACAGCCUCAGGGAGGUUGUGGGUGGUGCCCUGGCCCCCUCGGACCCUUUCCGGGAGCCCUGUGUGGGUGCGUGUCUCCCCAGCGUGCUGCCCAAGCAGGAGGGCAUCUGCCUGCCCCUGAGCGAGCACACAGUGGACCUGCUGCAGGGCCUGCGCUUCCCUGGUCUGGCUAUGCUACCUGCCAGCCUGCUUAGCCCUGCCCCGGACCCUGUGGACAACCUCCUGGGGGAGCACGUUGAGGGCGGCACGUCCUUGAGGCCUGCAUCCCUGAGAGCCCGGUACUUGCCCCCAUCACUGGCUGCUAUCAGGGUAUCGGCAGAGCUGCUCAGGACCGCCUUGCAGGAUGGGCAUUCAGGCCUCUCUCUGUGCUCUGCUACCCUGCAGUGGCUCCUGGCUGAGAACACGGCUGUGGACCUUGUGAAGGCCCAGGCACUGUCCUCCAUCCAGGGUGUAGCCCCUGAUGGCACUGAUGUCCAUCUCACCAUCCUUCAGGUGGCCGUAACCGACCUAUGCCCGGCGGGGCCCCUCCAGACCGUGGAAAUCCAGGUGGAGAGCUCCUCCUUGGCCAGCAUGUGCGGGGCACAUCACGCCAUUGUCAGGCGCAUGCAGGCCAUGGUGGUGGCGCUGGCCACCCAAGGGGGUUCCAGUCCCCCUGACCUCCGUCUGCAGUAUCUGCACCAGAUGCAGGCCAACCACGAGGCGCUGCUGCGGGAAGUGCAGGCCCUGCGGGACCGGCUGUGCACAGAGGAUGAGGCUGGCUCCCGUGCCACCGCUGAGCGGCUCCUGCAGCUCUACAGCCAGCUGCGCAGCCCCAGCCUCCUGCUGCUGUGAGCCAGCUGCCUCUGAACCUGCACAGAGCUAAGGCAGCACAGGCACCCUGCUGCUGGGAAGCUGGAGCCUUGGGGCUGCCCCCUAGAACAACACCCAGGAUGUCAGUGCCAUUGGCCACCCCCAUCCCCUGAACUGUCCCCUGUGGGCCCACUGUGUUGUGCUCACCCAUUCUGGUCACCUGGUGGCCACACUGUGACCCAGAACAAAUCCAGUGCCCAGCAUCCUCCUGGGUCCCCAGGUGCUAUAAUCCUGGGGCAGGGCUACCCAACCUCUGCUGACAUGGUGCUCCCUCUCCUGUCUAUGCAGGCACUUCAAUAACCCUUCUGCUGA